AUGGCAGACCCUAUUCCACUGACCGUCGAGUUCACUGGCGGACUAGAAAUGCUCUUCUCAGACCAACGAAAGCACAAGAUCUCCAUACCUGGCCAGGACGAAGAUGGCAGUGCCUCGAACGUGGCAUAUCUCAUUCACUGGCUCUGCGACAAUCUGAUGAAAGACCCGCGGAAGGAGAUGUUUGUCCUGGACGACUCUGUACGACCAGGCGUUCUGGUACUCAUCAACGACUCGGACUGGGAGUUGGAAGGUGAGGCAAAUUAUGAGCUUCAGCCUAACGACAAUGUUGUCUUCGUGUCUACAUUGCACGGAGGCUGA